AUGAGUAGUUCAAGCACUACUCCAAAGCCAAGCACUUCCACCUCUAGUACUACUGGUUCGACAUCUACUUCUACUACUUUAAAGAGAAAACCUGCAGGAUUGACCAGCACCGAAGGUAAUAGUGGUACUACAACAACUAAAAAGUCAACAUCAUCAUCAUCACUACCAAAGACACCUAGAUCUGGUAGUUCAACAACAUCAACUUCUUCAUCCUCCUCAGCAACCUCCACACUAAAGAAUCCGUUACUCUCCAAUCAUGGUACAACUACAUCGCUAUCUAAAACAUUCCCUGGACCAAAGAAAGUUACUUCCACUACCUCCACAUCUCUAAGUGGUACACUAAAAGAUAAAUCUUCAACUCUUUCAACAGCAGCGGCAACAACAACUAAAGAACCAACAAAAACAGAUAAGGAUAAAGAUAAAGAUAAUACAACCACUUCAACCACUACAACUACAUCAACAACAGGUGCAACAACAACAACAGCAGCAGCAGCAACAACAACAACAACUAAAGAACCAACAAAAACAAGCAGUAGUAUUAGUUCAUUAAAGAAACCUACUACCAGUUUAAAGACAGGAACAUCAUCAUCAACAACAACGACAUCAUCAAGUAAAUCACAUCAUAAAUCAUUAUCUACUAAUGAUACGACUGUUGUAACACCACUUACCAAAUCGAAAUCAGAUAUAUCAUCACUCAAAAACAAAUCAUCGACAUUAACCAAACCAAUUUCCUCACACUCUACCAACACAUCACUGUCAUCGACUCUUACAAAUCUAUCUUCCACAACAACAGCACCAUCAUUAAAAACACCAAGUAAAUCAUCAUUAUCAUUAUCAUCAGGAUCUAUAUCAGCUCCACCCCUUUCCAUUAGUGAAUUACUUCAUGGAACAACAUCCACUUCUUCAUCUUCAUCAAACAAACCUGUAACAACAUCAACAACAACAACAUCAUCAUCAUCAUCUACUUCUACUUCUACAACACCAAAAGUAGAAUCACCACAACUAACAAGUACACACCACAUUCCAACAACAACAACAACUACAUCAUUGUCAUCAUCACACAAUCCAUCGUCGAAUCUCUCUCACUCUCACUCACAUGCAUCACACUCACUCUCGACAUCGCUAAGCACCGGCAGUAGAAUAGGUCGCUCAACAACCAGCAGUCUCUCCACACCCAAAAGGACAACGACAACAACUAGCAGCAGCAGUUCGACACCACUACGAACCACUAACAAACCACGUAUCUCUGAAGCCAGCACAAGUAGGACCGAUCCUACACAGACCAUUCGUGCACUGCAACGUGAACGUGAGGAACUGAUGAACAAACUACACGAAAUCACCAACCAAUCGGCAGAGAAAGACGUGCUGAUCGUGCAGCUCAAUGCAUCGAUCGAGAAGCUCAAGCUCGAUCUCAAGACGGUGACACACGAGCGUGACACUCACAAGAUGCGCACCAUCAAGCUCGAGCACGAAAAGACAAUGCUCGAAGAGCAAGAAACCGGUCGGCUGAAACAACGUGUCGAAGAGAGCGAAGCCAAGGCAGAGUAUAUGAAUGAGAAAUUCGGUCAACUACUGACGCGUUACCAGACUACACUGACCAGCGUCGAUCAAAAGAUUGCCGCCUACAAAUCGGUCAUCGAGUUAUCACAACAAAAGUUUGCUAGUCUAGAGAGUUUGAAUCAAUCAUUCCAACAGAAUCUAACAAUCUCCAAAGUAGAAAACGAUAAACUCAAGAAGGAGAAUCAACAAUUAAGAUCAUUAACUUCACCAACCAACAUUAACAAUAAUGAAAACAACAACAACAGCAACAACAAUAAUAAUAACAACAGUAAAAGUAAUGGAAACAUACUCAAUGGUGCAUCCGUUUAA